GUGAGGGGACGAUGCAUCAUUACUCUCUUGACAUCGCUGCUCCACUUUCUUUCUCUCCUACCUUUUUCCCUUCGCCUACUUUGUGUUACAAGCAGAGAGCAGGGGAGUUGGCCAUCCUUUUCCCUCUCCACACCCUUCCUUCAGGGAGGGGACUGUAUCAGCAGUAGCUUGUCUCCCUCAGCCAGUUUACUAAUAUAUUCUUACCCACUGCUGGCUUAUUAGGUACAGAAAUGACGGUAUCCCUGGCAUGUUCCCUGAAGAUUGCUUGGCAAGUACACGCGAGGAGCAAGGGUCGUUUGCACCUCAGCACAGGCACGAGGCAGACUGAGAUGUAAAUCUGAUUGGCUGAGAUGGACUGCUUCAAGGAAUCAAUAUGUCACAUUCUGUCUGCAGUGCUGCUUGGGUCACAGCUGCCAUGUAUGAAUGAGAGUAAAGUGAGAGACCCCUGAUAACUGCAAUCAGCAGAAUGAAACACACACAGAAUGGCCUUACCUGCGUAUUGCUGAUCAUUCUCUACAGAUUUGUUUUUAGUGAACCUGGCUAUCUCAUCGUGCGAGAGUCUCAUCACGUAGCCUUGAGCAGAGAACCUGUAUUUGUGGAAUAUUAUCUCCCAGGCAAUAACAAUAAUACAACAACAUAUAACAUAUCCAUAACUUUGUUUGAUAUAAGCAAUAAUCGGACGGUAACAAGCAAAGACCUUUCUGUUAACCUAUCACGGGGCAGUUUAGAAUUUGAGUGUUUCCAUUUUAUUGCCGCUGGACUUUAUCAGUUCCAGAUCGUUUUUACCGAGAAGAAUCAGAGCAACAUUGACUGGCGGAGCAGCAUAUUGAAUGUCACUUGGCCCCGGUUUCACAUUGAUUUGAACAGGACGUCAAAUAUAAGGUCGUUUCAAAUUGGAGUUUUCUCUAAUGAGCAGUUUUGUCUCACUUUUCCAGACAAGCACCCUAGGGUUUUAUUGGAGGUUGAACAUACGCACAGUUUUCAAGAACUGGAAGGACUAAGCAGUGACAGGUUCAUGUUGUACAAAACCUACAAGGAAAUCCCUUUGUCUCCAUCCCAGUGGGUGGAAUUUGAAUGUGCAUCAGUACGACCCGAAACUUUCAUCACGGUCUCCCUUAAACCCACGUUUUCGGAAUCACUCAUUGCAUUCAUGGGCCCUGUUGACCUAGUGAAAACGUUCAGGUAUAAGCUAGUGACCUCAGCAGAACAGAGGUGCGACGCAUCAGUAAAUGUAAAUGUGAUCCCUCCCCCAUGUAAUUACGCAGAUGGGAAGGUAAUUGUGUACAAGGAAGUGCUGCGGGGUUCAGCUGAAACUAGCACCACUCUGGCAGAGAAUGUUCUACAAACAGGAGACAAGGUUGCUCAGUUCAACUGCACUUUAUUUGAUAUUGGAAGGAACAAGUACUGUUUUGAGUUCUUCAUUGCUUCUGGCAAGAUUUACUCAUUUCUUGGAGCCAAAGAAUGUGUGGGGAUAAGAAGAGAAAUAGAGUCAUGGGGUCUGUGGCAGUCGUGGAGUCCAUGCAGCGUCACAUGCGGAGAUGGCGAGAGAGAGAGAUUUAGGGAAUGCCUGACAACCUCAUCUGAAAAGCCUGCCUGCAGGGGACGGGCAAAGGAGACCUCACUCUGCUCCCUAGAGGAAUGCACAAGUAUAUCUGUGAAACCUUCAAGCAAGUCAACUACACAUUCUAAGGACACUAAAACAAGCAAUACUGUGACCAUUGCUGGUAUUUCUCUGUGCCUGACGAUUAUCAUCAUUACCAUUGUAAUUACUGUAUGGAGGAAAUUUCACAAGACUCAGAAGUGCAGCUCAACAGUGAAACACAACUCUACCCAUUCAGGCAAUGGGCGCAAGAAUUCAGAUGAAGAAAAUAUUUACCAGAUGAGGGAAAGCUUCUCUGACAUGGGGGAAGGUCUCCAUGAGAAUGUAGAGGACACAGUCGAUAUUCCUUUGACAUACAGGCAAAGUAUGCGAGUUGCAGAAGAGAAAAGUGGACAGGAAAACGAUAACUUGCAAUCAAACGUGCAGAAAUUAAUCCCUCCAAUUUUUAGCUACCGCCUUGCUCAGCAGCAACUAAAGGAGAUGAAACAAAGGGGUUUAACUGAAGCCACCAAGUUGUACCAUGUUUCUCAGAAUCCAAUGUCAGAUACAGUUGUAGAUGGUGCCCUGGCUCCUCCAUCGGUCACAGACAAUUGCGAUGAUAACAUUGCCAACAAAUUCCGGCUUCAGUCUCCAUUUAUAGAGCAGAGGAAUUUGCACCCUCAGUGUCAUGGAGAAAGAUCAACUCCUUUAUCCCCUUAUCAAAGCACAAGCCCAUGCCAGACAUUACCCCAUUUAUCCCAAUUUAUGAAUCAAGACCCUAAGGUCAGAUACAUUGAAAGGCCAUAUCACAAAAAUAUCAACUUUAGGAGAACCUCCAGUUUCCAUGAAACAAAGCACAACAAACCUUUCAGAGAAAGAAGUCUAUCGACACUUUCCCCAAGGCAAACAAUGGCAUAUAAUCCAAGGACCAGAACUUGGCAGUAUGCGACAACUGAUAGGUCUAAGCAUAGAUCUAUAAGAGCUGAAAAAAGUCCUGAACAUUUUGCAAAAAGUGCUAAUUUUACAGCUGACCCAGUUGACUUUUCCUCUAAAAACCUGUACAUGUGGUCAAGUGAAAGCAAACAUGACUUAAUCAGUAGCCGCCAUGCUGCCGCAAAAGCAUCAAAGCUCGAGAGACUAGAACAAAACCGAGUUAAGAAAGGAUCCUCCCCAAUUGAUAAAUCAUGGAAUAGAGUGCAGGAUUACUCUCCAACAUUUAAAGACAGUUAUGAGAGGAACAGUCCUUUCAGUCCUGCUCAAAACAGAAGAGAAAAGUGUCAAAGUUUCCCUUGGGCAGCAGACUAUUCUUUCUAUGACAAUUCAUCAUUCAGACUCACUGAAGCAGAGCAGCAGAUGAUUGACCUGCCUGGGUAUUUUGCCUCCAAUGAAGAGGAUGAAACCAGUACAUUAAGUAUGGAAAGACUAGUUAUUUGACAUUAACAAAUUCUCAGGCUGCAUAUCACUGUAUUUGCUAUUAUACAAAUAAAUGAGGACAUUCACAGAUAACUGGGCCACUAGGCCUGGGUACAGUUUUAAGAAGUAUUUAAAAAAAAAAAAAGAGAGAUAUUGCAUUUUCUAAGUAAAGUGCCACAGUUUUUAGAUGUUACUUUUUAAAAAUUGCCAAAGGUUGUGUGCUACAGUAAAUACAGUAAAAAUAAAGUUUUCCCGCUUUCCUA